CCUCCAUUUCCCUCUUAUCGCCCCCUUUUUCUCUCAAACCCUAAACUCCCUUACCUCUCACUUUCCCCCAAAACCCUAACAAUGGCAGAAAGAGGCGGAGAACAAGGCGGAUUCAGCCGCGGAUUCGGCGGACGCGGCGGUCCUCCUCGCGGCGACCGUGGUCGAGGUGGUCGCCGUCGCGCCGGCCGUCGUGACGAGGAAGAGAAAUGGGUUCCCGUCACCAAACUCGGUCGUCUCGUGAAAGACAAACGCAUCACAUCCCUUGAACAAAUCUACCUCCAUUCUCUUCCCAUCAAGGAGCACCAAAUAGUCGACGAACUCCUCGGAAGCUUGAAGGAUGAGGUGAUGAAGAUCAUGCCGGUUCAGAAGCAGACUCGGGCCGGGCAGAGGACCCGGUUCAAGGCCUUUGUUGUGGUCGGAGAUGGAAACGGUCAUGUUGGGCUUGGAGUCAAGUGUUCGAAGGAAGUUGCGACGGCUAUUCGUGGUGCGAUUAUAUUGGCUAAGCUGAGUGUGAUACCGGUGAGAAGAGGUUUCUGGGGGAAUAAGAUUGGGAAACCACAUACGGUACCGUGUAAGGUUACCGGUAAAUGUGGGUCGGUUACUGUUAGGAUGGUUCCUGCUCCUCGUGGUGCUGGGAUUGUUGCUGCUAGGGUUCCUAAGAAGGUUCUUCAAUUUGCUGGGAUUGAAGAUGUUUUUACUUCUUCUCGUGGAUCUACCAAGACUCUUGGUAACUUUGUUAAGGCCACCUUCGACUGUCUGUUGAAGACCUACAGUUUCCUCACCCCCGAUCUAUGGAAAGAGACUCGCUUCACCAAGUCUCCAUUCCAGGAGCACACUGAUUUCCUCUCAAAGCCAACUGCCAAGAUCUCCUUAAUUGAAGAUGAGAGGGUUGAAGCCUAAGCUUUUCCUAGAUGAGCAAACAAACUUUUUUUUAGGUGAAUUCGAGUUAAUAGGUUUUAUUAAUGAUGUUUUUGGUUGCUUAAUGUCAUGUCCAAAUUGCUAGAAAGACACCAACUCAUCUUGCAGUUUUGUUUCUGUGCUGGAUUUGUACUCUUUUUGAGGUUUAUAUAAGUGCUACUCUUCUAAGCUUUUUAAUGGUGAACAAGUAUUGAUAUUAUUGAUUUA